AUUAUGAGGGAUCCAUCCUCCCUGCAGAAUCAAGACUUCCAAGGGCUGAAGCCCACCGCUGCACUUUCAGACUAGGAGGGUAACAUGAGUGAUCGAAACCCCAGGAUGUUAGACAACGAUGAGUUCAUGUUGGAGACUUCCCCGCGGGAGCUCACGCAGAACCCGCUCAGGAAGAUCUGGAUGCCGUGCAGAAACGGACACAUAGCUCAUAGAAGGGUAUGUAUGACAAAUUGUCCAACCAUCAUUGUGACUGUUGGACUUCCAGCCCGAGGAAAGACUUACAUCUCAAAGAAGCUGACGCGAUACUUAAACUGGAUAGGUGUGCCAACCAAAGAGUUCAAUGUUGGCCAGUACCGCAGGGAGUGUCUGAAGAUCUACAAGUCCUUUGAAUUCUUCCGUCCAGAUAAUGAGGAAGGCUUAAAAAUCAGGCAUCAGUGCGCCACGUCAGCUCUUAAUGAUGUGCGACAGUACCUGAGUAUAGAAGGAGGACAGGUGGCGGUCUUUGAUGCCACAAACACAACCAGAGAGAGGAGAGGGACCAUCGUUAAGUUUGCUGAGCAGAGUGGGUUUAAGGUGUUUUUUGUAGAAUCUGUGUGUGAGGACCCAGAUGUCAUUGCACAAAAUAUAGUGCAAGUGAAGCUGGGCAGCCCAGACUACAUCCACUGCGACACAGAGGAGGCCAUUGAAGACUUUAUGAAGAGGAUCAAGUGUUACGAGUCGUCUUACCAGCCUCUUGACGAGGUUCUUGACAGAGAUCUGUCCUACAUAAAGAUUAUGGAUGUGGGUAGACGUUACCUGGUGAACCGUGUUAUGGACCACAUCCAGAGUCGAAUCGUCUACUACCUGAUGAACAUUCACAUCACACCGCGCUCAAUCUACCUAUGUCGCCAUGGGGAGAGUGACCUCAACAUCAAAGGACGGAUUGGAGGAGACUCUGGCCUUUCUGCAAGAGGAAGAGAGUUUGCCAAAAGUUUGGGGGAAUUCCUCCAAGACCAGAACAUCAAAGAUCUCAAAGUGUGGACGAGCCAGAUGAAGAGAACGAUCCAGACAGCUGAGAGCCUCGGAGUCCCGUAUGAACAGUGGAAGUCUCUGAAUGAAAUCAAUGCUGGUGUAUGUGAGGAAAUGAUGUAUGAGGAGAUCCAGGAGAAUUUCCCUCUGGAGUUUGCACUGAGAGACCAGGACAAGUACCGGUACCGCUAUCCUAAAGGAGAGUCUUAUGAAGACCUGGUGCAGCGACUGGAGCCGGUGAUCAUGGAGCUGGAGAGGCAGGAGAAUGUCCUGGUCGUUUGUCACCAAGCCGUCAUGCGCUGUCUUCUUGCAUAUUUCCUGGACAAGACUGCAGAUGAGUUGCCUUAUCUGAAGUGCCCUUUGCACACUGUGUUGAAGUUGACCCCCAUGGCUUAUGGAUGUAAAGUGGAGUCUGUGUAUUUAGGGGUGGACUCUGUGAACACUCACAGAGACAGACCAGAGAGAAUGUAAAUCUUUGACACACAGCGGAGGAAGCCGUGUUCAGUCUUCAUCCACCUGUGAUCCCUGAGAGCAACCCGACAACUGUGACAUCCCUUAGCAGUUACACUCCUACCUCCAUUCUGACUUUUUGUCUCUGGCCUUUUUUUCCCCCCUCAGGGGAGCAGAAAUUGGUGGCAUCGUGCUGUUUAUUUUCCUACAUCAUGUUUUUUUCCAAUAGAGUGAGCCAGAAUACAAAGCACACUGAGAAAACGCACACAGAGAAAAGUGGAAGCACGUGGAGAGUGGAAAAAAAAACAACGCAAAAUAAGAAAAUGGAACCAAAUACAGAAAUACUGCAAGUCACAAGAAAAUGAGGGUCAAAUGUGUUAAGUUUCUGCUUUUUAAUACACUGAAUUCAUGAUUUUGAAUGUAAUCCGUAAACUGUUUUUCAGUAAAAAGCUGAUGCCAGAUUAAAACUUUUUUAUCAUUCAAUCAGAUUUUAAACAAAAGUUGUCAUACUCAUCUUAUCUUUAAAUACCUCAGACACAAGUUGUUUUCAUUGUGACUCCCAGUAUGUCUAUGAGGGGUUGUGUUCUCUUAAUUUGUUGUUUAUUUUUGUCUAACUGAUCUGCAUAGGGUGACAGAUUAGUGAAGAUUUCUCAGUUUUUUGUGUUUUCUGAAGUUGGAGUGCAGGGGAGCGUCUUAUUGUUCCCAGUUUGAAUUACUUGGUAGGCAUUACUUAACUGGUACUCAGUUCCAUUAGAACAAUCACACUGAAAGCUAAUAAUGUUUCUUUAAUGUCUUUAAUGACCAUGUAGAAUUAAACAUUUCUUGAUUAUAAGUGUUAACAUAACUGUUUUGUCUGAACAUGAACCCAUAAACGUGUUUAAUAUAACCUUGCUUUUAUUAAACUUGUGUUUACAGGUGACAGUUGAAAGAUACAUUUAAUGUCAUUAAACAUUUUUGCUGUUUUUUAUUUAUAUACUUUUCAUACCAGUUAUAUUUUUGUUUAAAGCUAAUGUCUCUCUGUCUUUGUCUCUAUGCCAACCUUUGUUUUCCAUUCAAAUGUGAAGGCCUCUUCUCUGUCGGCCACUAUUUGUCUUCAACUUUAAAAUAAGGAAAUGUGAAACUGAAAUUUCACCUGAGCUUCACUUAAAUCCUCGAUAUGACCUGUUCAUUAUUGAAUCAUCUCCAAUGUUGUUUACUGCUGGUUUUGAAUACACAUUCUUAAUUGAAUAAAUCACAUGGGACAUUUUGUUCA